AAAGCGCGAAUUGACUGUCAACAAUUAUUGCAGACUCGCACCGAAGACGAUGCCGUCGAGAUCGCAUUACACUGGGUCAGCGGAACCCUCUUGGAUAGAUCCGUAAGCUAAUAAAGCCUAAAAAUGUGUGUGCUUGGUCUUAUCUUCGCGUUGACACUUUGGGGAACUGUCAGCACGGAAGAACAGUCUGCAUCCUUCUAUGGCGAGAGCUAUGUUAGUAUCCCUCUGCAGGAUGCCAGUAGUUCAACCCUGGUUCACCUCUUCUUCAAGACCCAUCGGCCACAUGGUCUCCUGCUCCUAGCUGAUGGCUCCACUGACUAUCUCCUGAUAGAGGUCAAGUCAGGCAUGGUGGAGGUGCGCAUUGAUCUUGGCUCAGGAGAGGCCAGUGUGUUCUCUUCUCCAACCAUUCGACUGGAUGAUCAUCAGUGGCAUGAAGUCACCGUGAACCGGACCUUGGGAUCUAUGGAGCUGACUGUAGAUGGAGUCCAGCAAGGAUCUGUAGAUACACCAGGAUCCUUCCAUGAUCUAAACAUUGAGAAUGGUGUUUUCUUGGGUGGGGUCGGAGCUUUCUCCAGUAAAAUUCAGGCCAACUUGAAGGACUUCCGGGGAUGCAUGAAGAAUGUCCUAUACAAUGGAAAUGACAUCAUUGCAUCUUCCCGCAACAUGAUGAGUGCAAAGAAUGCAUUUGAAAUUGCUUGGACUUGUGAUGGUGAAUUUUCAGCUGGUGCCGAUGUUCCAGUGAGCUUUCUAUCUGAAACAUCUUUCAUAGCAUUUUCUCAUUUCCAUGUGAGGGAGAGGGGAGCUUUUGCUUGUGAUUUCAAAACAAGGUCAGACACUGCAGUCAUUUUAUUCAACUCUGGUCGUGGAAACUAUAAAGAGGAUUUCAUGUCCCUGGAAAUCAUUGAUGGGAAACCAAAAUUCUCUGUAAACUGUGGAAGUGGUUUGGUGGAGGUGAUCCUUUUACUUGAAGUCAAUGAUGGAAAGUGGCAUCAGCUAGAUCUCAGUAUUUCUCAAUCAUCUGUUGAACUCCGUGUGGACAAUGUUCGCAACAUCACCCGCUUUGGAGGGGAGAGCUCCUACCUGAACCUGGCUGGCCACUUGUUUGUGGGUGGCGUAGGACUGAAGGCAAGAUCUCAUGCACUUCAUUUAGGCCUGGAAUCUUUACAAGGAGACAGAUCUCUAAAAGGUUCCAUGCUGGGAUGCAUUAGACACAUUGUCAUAAAUUCUCGCCCCUAUGGAUUCAGAGAAGUUCAGAUCAGUCGCCAUGUCGAUCCAGUGUGCACCUGGUCAUUUCCCUGCUCCUCUGACCCAUGCAUUGAGAAUGCAGAAUGUGUUGAGUCAGGCACUGAUUUUCAGUGUGUCUGCGAUAAACCAAUAUGCACAAAAGAGAAGCCUAAUAUUGUUCAAGAGGAGGACAUUCAGGACCUAAUUGCCAUACAGCCUCUCAGAGUACAAGAAGGAGGAGAGGCUGUUAUAAACACAAACACAAUUGAUGUGGUGUUUGACUAUCGAAGUUUCCAUCUGCGUGAGAUAGCAGUCAAAUUUCAGGUAGUGGUGCCUCCAAGAUAUGGACGACUAGAAGUUGACAAGGGUCGCCGGCAAUCCGAGUCCUUCACCCUUCUCGACCUUCUCACAGGAAAAGUCACCUAUGUCCACGAUGGAACAGACACGGAGACUGACGAUGCCACAGUCGAGCUGAGCAUCAGCGGCAACUCAGAUCUGCCUCAGAAAAUGCAAGGGAACUUUGAGUUUGUCCUCCCAAUUAAGAUAAACCCACACAAUGACCCACCAAAAUUCUCCCUGCCCUCUGGAAAUCAAAUCAGCAUAACAGCUGAGACUAAACUACAGAUUACAACAAAUAUUAUAGAUGUGAAAGACCCGGACACCCUUAGCAGAAAUCUCCAUUAUAAUGUAAAGUUUUUCCGCCCUACAAAAAGUUUCUUUGAGAAUUACAAUUCAACAGGUCAGCCUACUAACUUCUUUACACAUCAAGAUGUUAUAGAAGGGAGCAUUUGGUUUGUGCACAGAGAGGACCCUGUGGUUGAUGUAGUUUUUAAUGUGACUGAUGACUCUUCCCUAAGCGAUGUUGUUAACAUGAGAUUCAGGGUUGUAUCACUAGAGCUGGAUAUUCUUCACAAUACAGGACUUACUGUCGUGUACGGUACGUCUGCUGUACUCCAUGCACAAAAUUUGACAACGCUGACUAAUGUACCAUUAGAAAAUCUAGAAGUACGGUAUAGGCUCACAAAGCUGCCUCUUUUUGGUCAGAUUCAGCGACUUCAGCAUGGAGUGGAUGAAUGGACAGACGUGGACACAUUUACACAACGGCACUUGAACUCAUCCCGCAUCCGCUAUACUCAUUUUUCCAAAGAUUUUACAGCUAAGUCAGAUGAAUUCUUCUUUGUUGUCACAGCCAAAGAUGCAGAGACAGUGAGUCAGAUGUUCAAAAUAGUGUUUAUGCCAGUCGUUCUGACUGUUCAGAAUAACAACAGACUGAUCAUCCAUCAAGUCCCUCAUGCUGUUUUAGACAACUCCUCCAUUCAUGUAUCUACACCUUUAGGACAGCUAGAUUCCAACUCCCUUGUCUUUACAGUUUUUAGGGCUUCAAAACUAGGUGCCAUUUAUCUUUCUUCUGAAAGACGCAUUUUAAAUCCUUUAGAUUUUGAGGGCUUAAAGCCUGUACAGGAAGGAGGCAACUUUUCACAAACAGACUUGAACAGCGGCCAUGUGUACUUUAAAUUUUACAAGACUGCAUUUGACCGACUUGAAGAUUUUGUGGAUUUUACAGCAAGCUACCCUUCUAGUGCAAACGUAGCUGUACGGAUGUGGGUAGAAUAUGUGCCCUUAGACACUGCAAUUAGAUUUACAAAUAAUGGUCUUCGGGAUGUGACCGAAGGUGGGCAGAAAGUUAUAGACAAAUCAAGCCUGUACCUUGAAAUGGAUGAAUACAAAAAUUUUUUGUUCUCCAUCAUUCGACCUCCAAAGCAUGGCAACAUAAGUUUGAUAAACCCACGCACAUCUGCUUUAGAAGUUGAAAAUGUGCAGGAAUUUAACACAGCUGACAUACUGGCAGGUAAAGUAAUUUACCAGCAUGAUGAUACAGAGAACAACCAAGAUUCCUUUGCAUUCACAGCCUUGCCAGUCUUUCCUAGUGAGAAUGACAUGCCAGAGGAAGUGCAAGAGUUCUCUGGAACAUUCCAUAUCUCAGUUAUGAUGCGCAAUGAUAAUCCACCUGAAAGAGUGGUAGACAAAGUUUUCCAGGUAGUAACGAAUGGCCGUCGCAAAAUUACCCUAAAUGACUUGGCUUUCACUGACAAAGACAUUAACUUUAACAUCUCCACUUUACAGUAUCGUCGCCAGAGUAUUCCAAAUGGUGAAAUCCUUCACCGAGACCUUGGGAGCCCAGUGUAUCAAUUUACACAGCAGGAUAUUGAGCAGGAAACUCUUGUUUUUCAGCACAAAGGGGCAAGCAUUGGCCGUGCUGCAAUUUUUGUCAGUGACGGGCAGUUUUACUGGACAGGCUUGUUUGAGAUUAAGGCUUCAGAUCCUUACAUUUUAAUAAAAAAUAAUACAGGUCUGGUUGUCCGUAAAGGUGGUAAUGUUAUCAUAACAUCGAGAAAUAUAAGUGUUGAGUCCAACAUGGACCACUCGGCAAGAAGCUUUAACAUUAUCAUAGCAGAAGAGCCUCAGCAUGGUUCUGUCAAGGUUGAAGGAGAGAAUGCAGGGGAGUUCACCUAUGCAGACAUAUUGAAUCAGAUAGUAGAGUACCAGCACAGUGGUGAUAAUGCUGUGGAAGACAAGUUUCAGUUUGUUGUGGUCCAUGGAGAUGUUCAAAUGCAGGGAUCUUUUCCAAUUAUGAUUGAGGACGAAAGCAUGCGUCAUCCGCCAGAGAUUGUGCACAAUCGAAUGCUGAAAGUGAAGGAAGGAGAAACUAAUAACAUUACCCAGUCUCAUCUGUUUAUUCAGCAUCCUGCCCUUAGAGCUGAAGAAGUCAUAGUGAUUGUCCGAGAUCCUCCUAAACAUGGGAAUCUUCAGAUUGGGGCAACACAGUUUAGUAGUAAUGAAGCUGUCCAGUUUUCCCAAGAUGACAUUAACAGAGGUCGAGUCAAAUAUAUCCAGACAAAGAGUGGAGUUACAGAAGAUCGUUUUGUUUUUGACGUGGACUCAGAUUCACAGGCAGUGAGGAAUGUCGUGUUUUCUAUUGAGAUUGUUCCCAUCUCUUUGCCUGUACAAGCUGGAAAUUUGACUGUUAAAGAAGGGAAAGCUGUCCUACUCAGCAAAGAAACUUUGAAACCAGUCGGUGCUCAUUAUGAAUCAGAGAACAUCUUCUAUAAAAUAGUUCACUCACCUGUUCAUGGUUAUGUAUUUAAUACAGAAAAGCCUAAAUCGUACAACUUGCCUUUCACUUCAAAAGCAAUAGCUUCUGGCAAAGUAAAAUACCAGCAUGAUGAUAGUGAAAGCAUUGAAGACAUGUUCACAAUUGUUGCGACUCAAGAGGAUGGUAAUCUGCAGAGUCAGCCUGUCCAUAUAUAUGUUCACAUCUUGCCAUCUGAUGACCAGCCACCACGUGUGAUUGUCAACAAGGGUCUGAGUGUUUGGGCAGACUCAGUCACCUUGUUGACUAGUGAGCAUCUUCAUGCUGAGGACCCUGACACCAGAAGUGAUCAGAUCAUUUUUAAGGUCGCCUCACCAUCUAAUGGCCACCUAGCAUUUUUCAGUAACACCAGUUGGCCAGUAUUACAGUUUUCUCAGCGAGACAUUGAUGCAGGACAAGUAGCAUUCGUCCAUAAAGGAGACAGUCAUGGCCAAUUCAACUUCCAAGCCACAGAUGGUACCAAUAGUGACAUUUCACGUACAUUCCGUGUCAGAGCACAUCCUGUUGUGCUAGAGCUGGUGAGAAGUGGUCCCUUGAUGGUCUUUCCAAAUACUAUUCACCCAGUGACCAACUCUAGUCUCCUGGCAGCAACAACAUCUUCUAAUUUCUCCAAACCUAUCAUCUUCACCGUGAUUGACCCAAAGCCUCGUGAAGGUAAAGUGGUGACAAUGGUAGCAGGACGUCCUUUAGAAAUGAAAUCGUUCACACAGCAGGAUGUCAACGAGGGGAAAGUAUUCUACCAGCAUACAGGGUACAGCCAGCAGUGGCAACACAGGGACUCAAUCCACCUGGAUAUCUCAGCAGAUUAUGCCAAACCACUUCAAGGAGAGAUGUGUUCCGUGGACAUCUCAUUUGGCAACAUCAAUUCUGAAAAUCAGGUUAUGCUUCUUGGGUUGUACCCAGCCUCAGUCAAAGAAGGUGGCUCUAUUUUUAUUACCCGCACUCACUUCGACUCCACGGAUCUAUUGCAACGUUUGCAUGCUUUUAAGCAUGAUAUCUCCAUGACCUUUGAGGUCAUUUCUCCUCCAGAGCAUGGCACACUGUACCUGGACGGCAUAAAAAUUACCUCUGCAAAGGUGUUCACACAGGCAGACAUUGAUAAUGAGAAGCUGAAAUAUCAACAUGAUGACUCAGAUACAUUGAAAGAUAGUUUUGCUGUUUCUGUGGAAAUUCAUGAAAAAGCUGAGAAUGGGGACGUGCCAACCCAAAUGCCCAGGCACAUUGUAAACUUCACCAUCCAAAUCUUGCCUGUCAACGACCAGAAGUUUUGGCUUGUCACACGCAACCCUAGUUUAAAAGUUUUACAAGGCAUGCAUGCCACCCUUACAAGGGAGAAUCUGCUGACAGAGGACCCUGAUACCCCACCUUCAGAAAUCCAGUACUCCAUUUUAUCUGGACCCACUGAUGGCCGACUGGUCCAGGCUAGUCACCCUUCUGUGCAAGUCAAAGCUUUCACACAGGAGGACAUUGACCAAGAAAGGCUCAUUUUCUUCCAGAAUGGUGCAAAGAAAAGUGGUGCUAUGUAUUUCAAGGUAUGGGAUGGAAAAUUCCCUGCCCUUUACAAAAUGCUGGACAUUUUUGUUGUUCCUGUAAAGAUUGAUGUGUCAAAUGUUAGGCCAGUAGAGCUGCUGCAAUCAGAGUCCUCAGUGCACAUCUCAGGAAAGUACCUCAACAUCAGCACAAAUGGUAACAGAAACAAGCUGUUGUACAACAUUACUGGAGUGCCUGAACACGGGCACAUUCUACAUAAGAGUGCAGUCGUGAGCCAUUUCUCUCAGCAAGUAAUUGACAGUGAUGCACUGUUGUAUGUGAUGGAAAAUUUGACAAACAGUGAGGAUUCCUUUUCUUAUAGUAUAUACAUGGAGGACAUAGACGUCAUGAUCAAGGACCAGAAAAUGCUCAUCACAGUAAAGCCUCUGGUGAAACAAAUGCCAUUGAUAGCCCCAGCAGGAGCCACUGUAGCUAUCACCAAAGCUAGUCUAGAUGUCACUGAACUUGCAGCCCGCACAGGAGAUAAUCCUUCCUUUGAAGUAAUUGAACCUCCCAGGCAUGGUCAGAUUUGUCGAAAACUGCGCAGAAAACGGGAAGUUACUAGUCCAUCUGCCUUGAAGCCAGUAGAACAGUUCACCUUUGAAGAUAUUCUCUAUGCCAAAAUAUUUUACGUGUCAAAUGCAAGCUUGGAGCAGGGCCCGGCUGAUACCUUCUCAUAUAUUUUGCAUGCUAAUGGUGUUCAACCUGCUAGGGGUAGGUUUUUUAUAAACCUUGAUGAGUCAGAAAAAAAUGUUGAAGAGAAUGAUGCCACAAAGACUUCACUACCAGGAAGUGAAGAGACCACAAGUCGCCGUAUCGCAGAGACUGAUGAAAGCAUGCAAGCUGAAGAAGCUGCAGAUUCUAACAUUGCCAUGAUAGUGGGCAUUGUCUUAGGGGUGCUGCUGGUGCUGGCCUUGGUGGCUGUAUUUGUGGUCCUGUUCUGGCGAUGGCAGCGAGCAGAAGAUGAAAGAGAGCGUGAGAAAGAAAGACGGCUGCGCAAUAGACCCCGCCCUUACAUCAGUGGACCUUUACAGCUUCAACAGCCUCAUGUGCAUAUUGAACCCCAGCAAAGCAUUCUGGCUCUGGGAGAAAGGGACGACGAGGAUGAGAGACAUCUUGUGCGAGACUCCAGCAACCUCAGCAGCUUGCCCAUCAUCAACAUCUCCCAUGACCCUGCAGAGAGUGUAGGUGUGAAAGCAGGCCACAGCAAAAUCUGCCCUUUCCCUAUGACACCUCGAUCCCCUGACCUGACCCGUGUGGAGAUCAGUCCUGCUGUACCAGAUUGUAAAGUCACGCCACUUAUAGAGAUCAGGAACGAGAGCGAAAGGCCAGCAUCAACCGUGUUGCGAUCUGAAUCUGCAGUGGCUGCAGGUCAAGGAACUGGCACAGAUUUGUACGACUGGACUCUGAUGGAUCCAGAUUUACUGCAGCAUUGUCGAACAGAGACCCCCAUCUUGCGGGACAAUCAGUACUGGGUGUGAGUAGCUAACUGUGCUAAGCAGCAAAAUGAUUGAUAUUUUCAGACCAAUACUGCAGCACAACAAAGCUGCCACGAAAAAGAGAAACAAGCAAAGAAUUCUGUGAAGCUUGAAGAGCAUGUCAUCAUUUGCUUACUAAUGGGCUAUGGUCUUGUUGCUGCUAUUGCUGCAGAAGUAAGACUCCUUGGAAAAGUCUAAAGUUGGUGAAGAUAGAUUGCUUCCAGAAUUUCAAAAUUAUGGCUCACUUGAAAAAGAGAUUUGCUGAAGAGUGUAUUAUUGAGUUCCAUGUUUGAAAAACUACCAAUAUGGUUUGAAACAGUGCCUAUUGGAACUGGUGCUGUUGAUGGAACAGAAAGAUGCAAAGAAAAUCCAGGACUGUAGUGGAUAAGUUAAUGGUUAGAGAAGUCAGGUUUUCUGCUGCUCUAACUGUACACCGUCAUGAAGAGGUUUGUUGCUUCAUAAGAAGCAAAACACUCCAUGUUAUUUAAAAUCCUGUAGAGAGGUAUACAUCGAAUGUACCUGUCGAAAGUGAAAUCUGUCAUUGAACAGCUUUCAUGACAAGACACCUCGAGUUGUUUAUGGGCUAGUUUAUCAAUAGCCAUCGAGAGGCCAGUUUAAGGCAAUGUGCGUUUUUAUUACCUCAGAGAGGACAUGGCAGGCAUUUCAUUGUAUGAAGACUAAAAUCACUUCAGAGGCAACCUUCGUUUGGUUUUUCAUCUGUUUUUUUCAACUUGUCAGUUUAUUUAUUAAAUCCAAGUGUUCUGUUUUCAAGAGAAUUUUUGGAAAAUCAAGGGAGAUCAUCCCCAAGCAUUUCAAACAUCAUAAAUGUCCUGCUCUGCAGACAUGUUAGUGGAUGUUCACAUUUACUUUUUCAGCAAUGCAACUCAAUUUUUUGGCUUGCAGAAUUAUCAUUGUGCUAUUUUUAUCUUCAUGCCAGUUUUGUAAACUUAUUCAGCAUUUGCUUUUGGAUUGUACCUGCUGUGUGCUGGCUACACAGUAAGUUUGAAAAACAUUUCAACUCCUGCAGUGCUUUUCCGACUUAGCAUGAGAGCUUGGGAAGGUGGGGAAUGACCAUGUAGUUGGGGUUUGGUGGGUUUGUUUUACCAAGUGCUGCUGGAGUGAAAUGGCUUGUUUUAGGGCUGAAGGUGUUUGGAAUAAGGUGAAGUUUUCAAUGAUUAGAGGUUUGAAUCUUGUUAGCGUCUAACAUAAAGUGAUCACUGAUGCUGCACCAUCAAAAUUCAGGACAGUAAUUCUUUGUUCUGCUGGGUACUGAAAACUGUUUUUAUCAGGUUUCACAUGUAUGAUGUGUGACUUACUCUUGGUUCAUGUGGUCCAACUUGCUUGAAAAGAACAGGCAUUCAAAGACUAGUCUAUCAACAAGAUUCUAUCUUUCAGAAUUGACUUCAGUUUGAUAUUCAUGUAUAAUUUUGUAGGACAAGUGCAAUAUGGUCAAAGGAUGUGUACAGUAAUGACAGGAUCACAUGGCAUUUGCCAGUAUUUCCAAUCAUAUUUCAACAUGAAACGGUACAUCUGUUGCAUUGUUUUAUUUUGACCGUAAUUAAUCUCCAUUGUACACUUUCAGUUUAUAAAGCAUUGGCUCUUAUGUGUUCACAAUUUCUAAUAUCAGUCUUCUUCCACACUUGAAAAUACAAUGUUUAAUCAUCAAUACCACAAACACACUUAGCACUUCAUAGAUUCACAACUCUAAUGCGAGCAUCUCUUCUAAUGGGUGACAAAAAAAUGUGCCCUCCCACCCUUUACUAAUACUGAUUCAAGUACAUAACCCUAGAUGUUGAAAAUAGCCUCCUUGUGCUUUUCGACAUGUCUGUUUGGUGCUUGUUUGCAACAACCAGUAUUCAUUAUCAAAGAAUAUUGUGAUGGUCUGUUACAUUUGAUGAUACUGUAGGUUUAUUUCUUCUCACCAUGCAAAAGGUGCAAUGUUCAGCGAACAUAGUAACAACCUGUGUAUCCACUGCUCAUUUCCUGCUGUGGCUCGUGCAGCCACUUUUAUUCAGUUAGCUCUGGAAGUAGGUUAAAUGUCAGCUAAAAUUAAUUCCUGACUGUAACCAUUGGUCUCUGAAGACAUGGAGUAGUUUGUGGUAUUGGUAGGUGCUCAGGUUUGUUCUUUUAAAUUGGCCUGUACAGACAUGCACACUAAUGUGUGAUUUUUGCCAGUGAUGUGCUGCAUAGAUAAUUUGCAAUAUUUAACAUUUUUGCUGCGUUUUAUUGUCAGUCUGAGUGGUGGCCCCUUGUGUGAUUUUCAUUCCCAGUAUAAUGUUUGCAAUGGUUGUUUCCUAAUCUGUGGUAUACUUGCCACUGGCUUUAAAGUUUAUCAAAUCCUACUUGUGGAAAAUUUGUUGUGAAACAAGCACAACUUUUGGCUUUCUAUAAUUUAAAAGAGCAAACAAACGCGGAGAUGAUGCAGGCCAAUAUGAGUGCCAAAAUAGUAAACAUUAUUUUCAAUGUAUAUGAACAUUUAUUAGGUUCAGAUUUGUAUAAUUAAAUGUAUGAAAUACAUUCUGAGGCAUGAACUAAUUUGCAAAAGUAAUGUAUGCUUUAAUCAAUUUGUAAACUGUUAAAAUAUGUUCUAGGAUGCAAGGUGUCAAUACACUCAAGGUUGUCAUCUUUUUACACUUUUUGGUUGUAUUGAGAAUCUUCUGUAUUGUAUGUUACUGUGAGGGGAAAACACUUUCCCUAACACUUGCAAUUAGCUGAAAAGUAUUUAAAAAAAAUAGAGUAUGUAGUUCUGGUAUCUGCAUGGCAGGACACUGCGGUUUCAUAUACAUGGCAUGUAAAUUUCACCAUUUCCGAAUACACGUUCACUUGAAUCACCUCA